AUGGGUGAAGCAAAAAUUCUGGUUGAAAUGGAGUUAGACAAAACAUUUCCUAAACUAAUUUCUUGUGACGACAAGCAAGGUAACAUCUACUUGGUUGAGGUUGAAUACACUUGGAUUCCCUCUACUUGUGUGAGGUGUGGACAAUUGGGACAUAAAGAGAAACGAUGCCUUCUACCAGCCUGUUUUACAAAAGCUACAAGCGAGCCAAUAGAAGUUCAGGAAGAUGGUUCGAAUGUACCUAUGGUUAGUAUAGAUCAAUUCGGGUCUAAUGAUUCAUCUCCUAAACCGACACCUUCUCAGGACAACUCUGCUACAAUUGGUUCUAUACCUACUACUCAUGUGGACGUGAGUGAUGCUUUAGAAAAAAUGAAUGAUGCUCAAGAGGAAAUGAGGUCAACUACAAGAGAAGCAGCCACUCUUCAAGUAGAAGAUCUUUCACCAGUUAAAGAGGUACCUCUUUCACACUCUAAGCAAACUUUUUCACCAUUAGUAGAAAAUUCCUCUACUCCAGUUUCCGAAACGAUUAUGGAGGAAACUCCAUCCACAAUGGUCAUUACCGUGGUGAACAACCCAGAAGAUGACGCCUUAAUUGAUCCACAUCUUCCUAUGUUCGACCGUUCGCAAGAGUGUGAGCCCACAACUCACCUGAACACGACUAGGAGAGGGAGAUCGAUUAAACCAACUCAAAAAGUACAGAAAAUGGGGUGGACACUUGUUAAGGGAAGAGGAAAGCAUAUCUCGAGAGGUCGGGGUAACCGCAAAUCCUAA